AUGUCUCUUCCCCCAGAGAUCAUCGACCAAAUCGUCGACCAAUAUGUCUCAGUAGCCAGAGUCCAGACCUUUCAUGAGGUCCGUGACCUCGAUGAGUGGGUUAACUUCACCGGCGGCCGGGACUCCACAGCGGUGUUCUACGGUGGGGAGAACGAGCCUUACGAAUCGACCUUCUUUCGCCUUGUUGACUUUGCGCCUCGUAUCCCGUCAGUGGAAUCGCUCUGCCAAUAG